CCAUGCACGAACUACUACUCUGUGUAUGCGCUAGCUCUGUAUCUUUUUCCCGAUUUAUGCGGUAUGGGCUGUGAUUUGAAGGAACUUAUUCAAGAUGGUGGACAGACUAGCAAACACAGAUGAAAAUAAGGACAGAAUAAAAAAUGUAGAAAAUUGUUUUGGAACUUCAGGGCAGGCAUUGUUAGCAUCUGGCCGUGUUCUGGUGGGUGAGGGUGUACUUACUAAACUGUGUCGAAAAAAACCAAAAGCUAGACAAUUCUUCCUUUUCAAUGACAUAUUAGUGUAUGGAAAUAUUGUACUAAACAAAAAGAAAUAUAACAAACAGCACAUUCUACCAUUGGAAGAAGUUAAAAUAAUAGGAUUGGAUGAUGAUGGAAAUUUUCGAAAUGGUUGGCAAAUCAUAAGUGCGAGUAAAUCUUUCACCGUGUUUGCAGCAACACCAACAGAGAAAGCGGAGUGGAUGGCACAUAUUGAUAAAUGCAUUGCUGAUCUGCUUAAAAAGACUGGCAAAUCGCCUUCUGGAAACGAGGCAGCAGUGUGGGUUCCGGAUCACAGUGCUAGCGUGUGUAUGUUGUGUUUAAAGACUAAGUUUACACCAAUCAUUCGGAAGCAUCACUGUCGUCGAUGCGGUUCCGUAGUGUGUGGUCCUUGCUCAAGUAAAAGAUUCCUAAUUCCGCAUAUUUCAUCGAAGCCUGUUCGUGUCUGCGAUAAAUGUUACGAUAAAAUGUCGAGUGGGCAAGUCAAACCAGAUGAUCCAGUCGUAUCUGGUUCUAAUCCGGUCCAUAAAGUCCAGCCGGGUCAAAAUGCAUCCUUGUCGCGAAACGAAGCAGAAAAAAUCACCGAAAGCGGGUCCUCUGCUGAUGAGAGUGACGGAGAAACCAACGAGACUAGUAACCCAACGCCUACGUUCUAUGAAGAAAAAGCAGCUGUUGAAAGUGCUGAACCAGCUAGACCAAAUGUCCCGCCCGCGACAAAAGCCGACAGUGAGGUUGUAUAGUUUUGCGGGUUAGGGCGUUAACUUGAUUUAGGCCGGAGUGUUUUUUUAUUUUGUAUUACGUAGAUAAAGUACGCGCUUAAAUGCCAUUAAGUCUUCAUCUGUCAUGUUUUUCUUUUUUUUUUAAAUCGUCAUUUUUGUCUGUACAUGUUAACUACAUUAUGUAUGUUUUUUUUUUUAACUAUUUUUGUAUAUCUUGGACAAAGAUCCCGUACUGCGUUUUGUACUAGAAAUAAAAUUAAGUAUGAACACUUUUUUGGUAAAGAAAGUGAAAAGAAGAAAGGGUGGAUUUAUUGUUUAUUGUUUGAAUUUUCUUUCCUCCAAGUUGUUGGUCGACAAGAUAAUUAAAUACGCAUUUUUAAAUGGGAAUUUGGCUUCCUACUGUAUCUGUAUCGAUUUUCCAACCUCGUGCUCAGUGGUUCUUGCCGUUUUGACAUCGAAGCCAGCGAAGACGUUAGCCGUCAAGUAAGCGCUAGCAAGUUUUACAUCAGGCAAUAGGAAAUGGUCAAUUUUCUUUAUUGUCAAAUUACAUUACACCCAGGGCUUAUAAUUUUGAAUAUAUUUAUAUUGAAGUUUAGCAUUUCGUAAAGUUAGAUGUUUAUUUUUGUAAUGUUUCUACUGAGAAAAGAAACUUUUUUUCUUAAAAAGGAUAGAAACAAAUUGCCGACAAUUUUUUGACUAGUAAUAUUUUUGUAUAACUUGGUUGAGUGUAUUUUUUAUUUUUGAUAUUUUAACUGAUUGCUUUACGGAAUACAUAUUUUUAUGA